AUGAGAGUUGUGGUGUUGUUGAUGAUGGUUGGGGUUGCCAUGGGUCGAUAUUUAGACCCUACCCCAGAAAACUCACCCCCUCCACCUCCCUUUGACCUUACCCUAGAAAACUCUCCCCCUCCACCUUCCUUUGAGCCUACCCUAGAAAGCUCUCCCCCUCCAUCUCCCUUUGGCCCUACCCUUCAAAACUCACCCCCUCCACCUCCUUAUGCUCUUGGCCUUGAAACCUCACCCCCUCCACCUCCCUAUGCCCUUGGCCUUAAAAACUCACCCCCUCCACCACCUCCCUUUGGCCCUACCCUUCAAAACUCACCCCCUCCCCCUCCCUUUGGCCCUACCCUUCAAAACUCACCCCCUCCCCCUCCCUUUGGCCUUACCCUUCAAAACUCACCCCCCUCCACCUCCCUAUGA